UCUUUCGCUAGUGUGUUUUUUUCCUUCUGUCAGAUGUGUUGUCUUUCGCGAAAUGUAAAUUAAAACUAAAAAUGAAAUUCAAGUUAAUGUCCAUCGAAGACUUGGACAAACUAGAAAAGACUAAAAUCAUCUCGUAUGUGACCAAGUUACACGAGUUUGUCAAAAGCCAACAAAAGAAACUGCGAAAAGUCAAGGACAAAUACAAGAAAUUGAAGGCGAAAGACCACAAAGAUUCCGACAAAAAACGUCGAGAUCAUGAAAGCAGUGAUGAUUCUAAAGACGAAGAGUCUAAGCGAAAAACGGCCCCAACUCACAAUGGUUCCAAAGAAGAAGAGCCGACUAAACACAAACCGUCCCCAGCUCCGAAGAAAUUAGCCGAAUCAGCUGAAGUAACUGACCAGCAACAACAGCCAAUUAGUUUCGUAGACGAGAUUCGUCAAGCGGCGGAAAACAUACAAAAUGAGAACGGUUUCGUGUACGAACCCACUUCGGGAUUGUAUUACGACCGAGCGACUGGUUAUUACUACAAUGCAGAACAUGGCCUUUACUACGACGGCAACACCGGUUGCUACUACAAAUUUAAUGUUGAAGAUAACAAAUUCGAGUUCCACUCUCAAGUGACAACCGUUCCAACGAAUCAGACUGGCAAACGAAAAUCGGUUAGUGAAAAUUCAAGCGAUUCGGACGAUACAAACGUACGUAGACGAAGAAAGAAGAAAAGUAAACGAGCGACUAAUCGCAAGGACGAGCCAGAUGUUAAGGAGGAUGGCGAAUUGAGUAGCCAUAGCGAUGAGUCCGUUGUCGCCGGUGAAGAAUGUAUCGCAGAAAUGCGUUAUGAAGAUGUUGCCAAAAAAUACCCGCCAUCAUUGCGCCUAAUGGUUCUGGAAACAAAUUUGCCAAAACUGAAAGUCGGAGAGCUUUUCAUCGUCACCUACAAAGGAGGAUCACUUGGAAGGGAAGGAGCGCACGACGUAAUCAUUCCAGAUAUUAAUGUUUCAAAGUAUCACCUAAAAUUUACCUACAACGACGAAAAAGCCGGUUACGAGUGUGUCGACCUGGGAUCACGAAACGGUACCUUGAUGAACGGAAAACGUAUUUCCAAUGCGAAACAAGAAAGUGACCCCGUUCUCCUUAUUCACGGGUGUAACAUUCAAUUAUCGCAAACCAAAUUACUGUGCCAUGUUCAUGACGGUCACAUUACAUGCCGGGAAUGUGAACCCGGAUUGAUACAAGUUCAAGUUGCUACUCCUGCCGAAGAAAAUGUUGAUCGAUCCAACGGAUUGAGCCAUAAAGAAGAGCUGAAGAAAAUCAAAAAGCGAUACGGGCUGGCGGAUGAAAGCUAUCUGAUUCCGCAACAAAUGAAAAAUGAUCGAGCCGCACAAAGACGAAAAGAAGUUGGAAGCACGGGAAUUAAUGAAAAAACGAUGACGGCAUCGAUUGAUACAUCGAUCCCAUCGGAAAACAAAGGAUUCAAAAUGCUGUCCAAACUGGGAUGGUCACAAGGUCAAACACUUGGAAAGAAUCAGACUGGGCUCCUUGAACCUAUUCCAUUGCAAUCGAAUGAAGGCAAGAAAGGUUUGGGAUGUGAGGAGAAAAUUUUUGUUACCGAUAAGAAAACGGAGAAGAAGAAACAGUUACUGAAAAUAACGCAGCAGCGUUAUAAUACUACGCUUGUAGUCGAUAAGAACAUAUUCGACGAUGGGGAUAGCAGCAGCGAUGAAUAAAUCUGACCUGGUUUUCUGUUUGAAAUUAGAA